CACCAGACCUGUACAUCCAGAUUGCCAGCUUCGCCAAGACCACUAGGGAACUGAAACUGGUGUGGUACGAGGACGUCCCAAUCAAGAUGUACAAGAGGCUCAAGUUGCCACAGUUCGAGAUUAAGAAGAUUAGUGUGGACACCUGCAACCAGUCAUUCCAUAUUGGUAACUACAGCUGCCUGCAGGCGGUGUUUAACCUGCGUCGUAACAUCGGUUACCACCUGGUGCAGUCCUACCUGCCCACCUCCCUCAUCGUGGUAGUGUCGUGGGUCAGCUUUUGGCUUGACGUAGAUGCCAUCCCCUCCCGCGUCACACUGGGCGUCACCACACUACUCACCGUGUGUUCAGAGUCCACCUCCUUCAGGGACAAGAUGCCCACAGUUUCGUACGUGAAGGCUCUGGACAUCUGGAUGGGGUCUUGCACAGCCUUCGUGUUCUUGGCAUUGGUCGAGUUCACGGUAGUCAACCACAUCGCUCGACACCACCGCCGCUUCCUCUUCUGGGGGAAUGUGUAUGGCCAGCCAAUUCCUUCCUCCUCCACGCCUCCCCAUGCUGCCCCCUCUCACCGCCACCAUCUCCACCCCAGAAGCCUCGGCAGGUUCUCCUCUAAUGAGUGUCCCACCCAUGGUUCCAUCUACGCCUGUGUCAGAGCGAUUACUCAGAGCGGUGGUCAGGAGGUCCUGCAGCGUCAUGAUUCAGGCAAACACGUCCGCAAGAAAUCUGCCAUAUCACUGACGGUCGAAACCAGAACAGACAGGGAAGAGGUCAACACACGCAGGAGCAGUAAUCCUGAAGAGGAGACCCGCCCCACCCCGCCUCCUGACGUGUACCAAGACGUAACAAACGGUGGAGGUCACCAAGGUGAGACAGGUGGUGGUAAUAACGGGGCCAGCUGCUGCAGCAACCACGAAAAUGACGACGAUGACAACGAGGGCUCGUGUUCUCGUACCCUCAGCGACGUGGGCUUAACGUGUCUGCCGUCGUUAUGGCGUAAGGAGGCCAUGCUAGCUAAGAGGAUCGAUAAGACGUGCAGGGCGCUCUUCCCAGCCCUCUUCAUCCUCUUUAACCUCGUCUACUGGCUAUACUACCAAGUCUUCUCGUGAUAACAUAUGGCGUCUCUGUAGUACUACCUGCCGGCCAUAUCAGUUCACCGUCAUAUGACAUGUCUUGUUAACUCUAGUACCGGGUCCUCACUCUUUAUGUCCACACUAUCUGUACUUCCUAAACUAACUGGCACAACCACAGAUAACUUGCUAGAUGACUUCAUCACUCCCAGACCUCUUGAUAGGUUAUCAGGCUCUCGCUUGGCCUUUUUCAGUGUGCAUCUCAGAAUAUACUUCCAACGCCAUACCUUGUUACCUGUUUAUCCGUAUAGCGCACAAUCAUCUUUUAGCUGUUAGUAUAAGCAUUUAAUAGUUCGUCUCAAUGUCAAACACCAAUUUUUAGCUGCCAGUCACAGGUUAUGGAGGUACAGACUAUUUUGCUGUUUACAGUAUUCGCACCAGGAGGGUGGCCAGUAGACCAUUGUUGCUGCCAUCACAUUCCUGAACGCUUCUGUUUGCUUAUCUUCCGAUGUGUCUCAAAUUUACAUUGUUAGUUUGGUAAACUUAUUCUUAGGCUUGAUUGUAUAAACAGGUUAUGUAGUAUUCAUCUCGGUGAGGAAGAAGCUUGACUGUGUUGUGGGCAGAGGACUUGUAAUGUCUCAUUACUUUGAGUGACCAGAUGUCGGAUCCACGUGAUGUAAACAAAACAACUUUUAAAUAAAGUUUCUUAUUAUUCUCUGUUAA